AUGGACACACAGGCGCUCCUCGUUCUGCUCCUGUGCUCAGUCUAUGUUUCAGGAGCUUCUAAAUGUGAGUAUGUUCCAGCUUUCAACAUCUCAGUUGGAAACCUGGAGGCUCUGAGUGGAACAUGUUUGCUGAUUCCCUGCACUUUCACUUUGGCUCCUGUUCAUGAAAAUAAGAUACAACUGGACAAACCUGUUGUGGCCAUUUGGAGUAAAACACAUCCCUACUUUGGACGAACUGGAGAGGAAAAGUUCUUUGACAGUUCUGAUCCCGACCUCAGUUCUCCAAUGACUUUAACUGGAGACCUGCGACAGCGAAACUGCACCACUCUGUUCACUGAGAUCCACACCAAUCAUUCUGAUAAAUAUUACCUCAGAAUAGAAAACCAAGGGUUUAAAGCCACUGCCGUCUGUGACCCGCUGCAGAUACACGUCCGAGACUCUGCCUGGAGGCCCUCAGUGCAGAUCUCUGGUUCUCUCAGGGAGCAGCAGACUGUGGUCAUCAGCUGCUCUGCUCUCACUCCAUGUCCAGACGCUCCUCCUGUUCUCAGCUGGAGCCUGCAGCAGACACCUGCUCACAGCCUGCUGCCAAACCCUGAUGGAACCUUCAACAGCAGCAUCCAGCAGAGCCUGCUGUUGUCUGAGGAGCACCACGGACUGGAGCUGCUCUGCUCCGCCCUGUAUCCAGUGAGAGGAGGACACAAGGCGGCAAAGACCACAAUGACCCUCACCGUGGACCAUUCUCCUAAACACACGACUGUUCUCGUGGAGGGAAACACCUCUGUCUCUUUGACCCUGAGCUGCUCCAGCAGAGCCUGGCCUCCAGACCUCAGCUUCAGCUGGUUCAGGCUCUCACCACAGGGACCACAACGAGUCCAUGAAGGAGACCUCUACACCAUCAACCACACCAGUCCAGGACGAUACUUCUGUCAAGCCAAGAACCAAGUCGGGGACCAGAACUCUACUGUCCUGACCCUGGGAGAGCCAGAGGACAAGUCUUGGUGGCCGUGGGAACCCAUUAUUGGAGGCGGAGUCUGUUUCCUGGUUCUCACAUGUGUCGUGGUUACCAUUUGGUGUUGCGUGUCAAAAAAACGAUCCACAAAGAAGCCAGAGUCAGAGGAGGUUCAGAGAGAGGAAGACCACAUCCAUUAUGGAGAAGUCACGUUCUCAAAGUCCAAAAGACCUGCCAGAGCCCCCCCCCACCGGGAAGACCCAGAGGAGGCCGUCUACUCCCAGGUCCUAGUGUCCGCCUCAGCCCGUCCCCGACCACCGCCUGAAGAAUGUCUGUAUGCAACAGUCAAGAAGCCCUGA